AUGGGGGAGGAAGAGGAACUUCCAAUAUAUGUGGAGGAUGUGGAGGAAGAAAAAGAGGACAAAAAUGGGAUCUCCAGCAACAAUGGCUGUUUCUGUGAACCGGUUAAUUGGCUCAGGAUGCUGGCCAGUGAAACCCAUUGGAGUUUUGUAUUGGGAGUGGUGGUCAUAAAUGGGAUCAGCCAAGGAUUUGGUGGAGCAUUUGCCCGUCUUGGAACAGAAUAUUACAUGAAGGAUGUGCAGCAAGUGCAGCCUUCAGAAUCUCAGUUUUACUUUGGAAUCAUCAACAUUCCUUGGAUUGUGAAGCCUAUCUGGGGUCUGUUCACGGAUGUUGUUCCCAUUUUGGGGUAUCGUCGGAGGCCCUAUUUGGUUUUCGCAGGUUGUCUUGGCCUAAUUUCGAUGCUGUUCUUGUCAUUGUGCAAGCAACUGCAUAUUGCACUUGCGCUGCUGCUUUUGACUGGAAGAAGUGCCGGAGUUGCAAUAGCAGAUGUAACUGUUGAUGCCUGUGUGGCCCAAAAUAGUGGCACCAUCCCUUAUCUUGCAGCCGAUAUGCAAAGCUUAUGCUCUUUGAGUUCUUCAAUUGGUUCGCUUGUCGGAUUCACUUUAAGCGGUGUCUUUCUUCACUUAAUUGGUCCAAAAGGUGUUUUAGGAUUGUUGUGCAUACCAUCUGGACUUCUUGUGUUUUUAGUUGGGGUUUUGCUCAAGGAACCUCAAACUUCUACUAACUUGGGUUACCAGCAGGUCAGCCAAAAAUUUGUUGAUGCUUCCAAAGCUAUGUGGGAAACAUUGAGAAGCCCAAGUGUGUGGAGACCUUGCUUAUAUAUGUAUUUGUCCUUUGCAAUCAGUGUAGAUAUAUAUGAAGGGUUUUUCUAUUGGAUCACUGAUCCGGUGGCAGGUCCAGCUUUUUCUAAGGAAAGCAUGGGUUUUGUGAUGGCAGUUGGUUCUGUUGGCUCGCUCUUGGGAACUGGUUUAUAUCAAUAUGGGUUGAAAAAUCAUCCCUUUCGAGACCUACUCUUCUGGACUCAGCUGCUGCUUGGUCUUUCGGGAAUGCUGGAUUUGGUGCUGGUUCUACGUUUGAACUUAAAACUUGGCAUCCCCGAUUACAUUUUUGUGGUAAUUGAUGCCAGUGUGUCUCAGAUGAUCGGGCGCCUUAAGUGGAUGCCACUCCUUGUUCUAAGCGCCAAACUUUGUCCUCCUGGAAUUGAAGGAACUUUUUUUGCCUUACUCAUGUCAAUUGAUAAUGCUGGAGUCAUGACAUCAUCAUGGGGAGGAAGCUUAUUACUCCAUGCCCUGAAAGUCACAAGAACGCAAUUUGAUAACCUUUGGCUCGCCACUUUGAUCAGAAACAUCCUGCGACUAACUCCUUUAUCUUUAUUAUUUCUGGUUCCAAAAGCUGAUCCUAACUCUUCCAUUCUUCCUGAUGAUAUUGCAAAUUUAAAAGAGGACUCUGAAACACCCCCAACUGAUGAAAAUGUUGAACUUGUUGGCCUUGUCAAAAGGGUGGAUGGAUUAUGGUCCUCUGGCUCACUUAGUGCUGGGAGAAAUUCCUACUAUUGUAGUAUCAUCACAGAGAUUGGCCAAAAAGGUAUUAAAGCCAAAGAUUCCGCUUUCGUAGAUAGCGCAGAAUUCCUGGCAGCAAUGACUCAUGAGCUACAAUUGUGCAGAUAUUGUUUUUGCUCCUCAUGGGGAGUAUUGGAGACAAAUGCGCAAAAUCUGCACUUUGGACUCACUGCUAAUAUUGUCAUAUGGCUCGAUUGGGCAGGUGGAGGCUUUGAAUCUCAUUAA